AUGGGUUGGGAGGCAAGACUGGAAACAAACUCCCGUGGCGGAUCUGCUCCACUAGCCAACGCGAUUGCAAACAGAAUAGUUGAAUUGUCCCGAGUUAAAGGCAGGAAAGAUGAUACCCGGGCGACACGACAGUGCGCUAAACAGCUCAAGGCGUCGCUACCAAUUGACUACCAGCUGUCACGAGAAUUCUCCCAAGAUGAAACCGAUCGCGCCUUGAAACUAUUGCCCCCUAAUAAAGCUGCUGGUUUCGAUGGAGUCUACAAUGAGUUUCUAAAGCACCUGGGCCCGAAAUGCAGGAAAUGGCUGAAAAAGUUCUCAGAUAUCCUGUUACGUAACAAAUUGCCUCGCGACUUCAAUAGAUCAAAGAUUAUUGCUAUGCUGAAACCCCAAAAACCUGCAGACGAUCCUAAGAGCUACCGUCCUAUCGCCCUUCUGAGCUGUGUCUACAAACUUCUGGGGAGACUAAUCUGCAAACGCAUUAUGCCUCUCAUUGAUAAGGUGGUUCCAGUGGAACAAGCUGGCUUCCGUUGUGGCCACAACUGUACCGACAGGUGUUGUCCCUCACAACCUACAUUGAAGCAGGGUUUGAAAAGAAACUAA